AUGGACAAAAAGGGAUGUCGGGAGGGGAGGGGUAAGGGAGGGGAGGGGAGGGGAGGGGUAAGGGAGGGGAGGGGAGGGGAGGGCUCUGAACCAUCUCCCCGCUCUCCCCUCAGUCUCCCCCGCUCUCCCCUCAUCUUCCCUGCUCUCUCCCUCAUACUCCCCGUUCUCCUCUCAUCUUCAGCGCUCUCCCCUCAUCUUCCCUGCUCGUUCCUCAUCUCCCCCACUCUCCCCACUCCCCACCCCCCCUCCUCAUCCCCCUACGUGCUCUGCUUAUCUCUACGCGCUUCCUUGUUCCCUUUUUUUUGCACUCACCCCUCAUCUCCCCACCACUCUCAGCCUCCCCUCCUCUUCUCCCACUUCACCCCUCAUCUCCCCACCACUCUCAGCCUCCCCUCCUCUUCUCCCACUUCACCCCUCAUCUCCCCACCACUCUCAGCCUCCCCUCCUCUUCUCCCAGUUCACCCCUCAUCUCCCCACUACUCUCAGCCUCCCCUCCUCUUCUCCCAGUUCACCCCUCAUCUCCCCACUACUCUCAGCCUCCCCUCCUCUUCUCCCAGUUCACCCCUCAUCUCCCCACCACUCUCAGCCUCCCCUCCUCUUCUCCCAGUUCACCCCUCAUCUCCCCACUACUCUCAGCCUCCCCUCCUCUUCUCGCACUUCACCCCUCAUCUCCCCACUACUCUCAGCCUCCCCUCCUCUUCUCCCAGUUCACCCCUCGUCUCCCCACUACUCUCAGCCUCCCCUCCUCUUCUCCCACUUCACCCCUCAUCUCCCCACUACUCUCAGCCUCCCCUCCUCUUCUCCCAGUUCACCCCUCGUCUCCCCACUACUCUCAGCCUCCCCUCCUCUUCUCCCAGUUCACCCCUCAUCUCCCCACUACUCUCAGCCUCCCCUCCUCUUCUCCCAGUUCACCCCUCCUCUCCCCACUACUCUCAGCCUCCCCUCCUCUUCUCCCAGUUCACCCCUCAUCUCCCUUCCGCUCCCACCGCCCCCCCACUCACCCGUCAUCCCCCCCCUCUCCCCUCCCACCCCCCACCCCCCCCCCCCUCCCCCUCACCGCUCAACUUUCUCACUCCCCUCCCCAGUCCUCACGUCCUAACCAUUCCCGAUACCCCCCUCCAUCCCCUCACCUUUCCCCCACUCACCCCUCAACUGCCCCACCCAUUCACUCCUCACUACCUUUUCCCAUCCAUCCCCUCUCUCCAGUUCCUUCCCCCCAACCAACCCACAUUCCCCCUCCGCUCACCCUUCAUCUCCUCAUUCCCAUCCAUCUCUCACUCCGGACCCUUCCCCCCAACCAACCCACAUUCCCCCUCCGCUCACCCUUCAUCUCCUCAUUCCCAUCCAUCUCUCACUCCGGACCCUCCCCCACCCCCCUCUCUCCUGCCUCUCCUAACCAUCCGUCGUUCGCCCUGCCCCUACCCCUCAUCUCACUGCUCUCCUCAAUUACCUCUCCCGCUCACCCCCUCAUCUUCCGUUCCCCCCUGCCAUUUGACUCCUCAGCUGCCCGUCUGGCACGUGGCUGCAUGUGAUGUGACUGCUGCUCAUUCAUGA